ACCACUGCUGGCAGCUCAGUUUUACGCACGCGCCACUGGCAAGGCUCCAGAGGUUGGAUGGAGCCCACUUCAGCAGGGGCUACCGUUACUAAGAAGAUAGCUGGAGAGGGUCCUCUGAUUUAACAAAAUCUUAAUGUUUCUGAAAUGGAUAGUUUUUGUUCAAGGAGAGGACAAUGUGCUCGAGGAUGACAUCUGAACUAAUUAUUAAUUGUCCAAUGCUGUUUCCAAAAUUAUUUUGUGGAAUUUGAGGUAGAGAUGGAUACAACUUCGAAGCCGCUCAACCUCUCAACGACCAUAUAUUUUCAGGAUUAUGGAAACGAGACGACCAUCAAUCGUUUUGAACAGCCGGAUUGGCAAGUGGCACUGUGGGCAAUUGCUUAUUCACUGAUAGUGAUUGUGUCUGUCACAGGAAAUGUCACUGUAAUUUGGAUAAUUUUGGCGCACAAAAGAAUGAGGACAGUGACUAACUAUUUUAUAGUAAAUCUUGCAUUCUCGGACGUUUCGAUGGCUACUUUUAACACUGUCUUCAAUUUUGUUUAUGCGAUACACAACGACUGGUACUUCGGGUUGGGAUACUGUAGGUUUCAGAACUUCUAUCCCAUCACAGCCAUGUUUUCAAGCAUUUAUUCUAUGGCAGCUAUAGCGGUUGACAGAUACAUGGCCAUAAUUUACCCUUUGAAACCAAGGCUGUCCUCCACAUCCACCAAGAUUGUGAUUGGUCUCAUCUGGGCGGUGGCAUUCUCCCUGGCUUUCCCCCAGUGCUACUACUCUGUCACCCAGCAUUAUCCACCACGGACCAUCUGCAUGGUCAACUGGCCUGAUGACUAUGGUGGGAAACACCAUCUCACAUACCAGAUAGCUAUGAUCAUACUGAUCUACCUGCUCCCCCUGCUGGUGAUGUUGAUCACCUACAGCCUUAUUGGCCAGACACUGUGGGGCAGUGAGAUACCAGGGGAGGCCUCAGAUCACUACCAGAAUCAGAUCCAGGCCAAACGCAAGGUGGUGAAGAUGAUGAUAGUGGUGGUGAUGACCUUUGCCCUGUGCUGGCUGCCCUACCACAUCUACUUCAUCCUGGGCAGCUUCAACAAGGAAAUCUACAUGCAGACGUACAUCCAGCAGGUAUACCUGGCCAUCUUCUGGCUGGCCAUGAGCUCCACCAUAUACAACCCCAUCAUCUACUGCUGCCUCAACCAAAGAUUCCGCUCGGGGUUCCGUCAUGCUUUCAGCUGGUUGCCCUUCAUAAAGGUGUCGGAGGAGGACAAGAUGGAAUUGCAGCACACACAGACCUUCAGGAUGACACGCAGCUAUCGCACUGAGAACACCAAGGGCAAUGUGGUUCGCCACAACUCCACCCAACAUGAUGACCACACCACAGUCAAGCUCAUGAAAUGCUAAGGACACGAGGACAUGCUCAUGCUCAUGAUGACAGUUGCUAGGAGAGGUCAAGUGAAACAAAUCAUGUUAUGAUUGUGUACAGUCACUCAGUCACACCAAAUACCUCACAGAUGACUGUUAAUCCAGGAGGAGAAUGGGUUCCAGGAGAAUGGGAAGGAGAUCUCCCAUGGCAUUAGCACCAGGCCUUAUAUGUUGCUGUGUUUAAGUAGUGAUUUUAUUUGUGUUUUAGCAUAAUAUUGGUAUAUGUUGUGUGUUACCUGGCUUUGUAGACCAGAUUGUGAAACAUGCAAGUGAACCCACUUGUAAAUAUUUGCUGAAAUAUAAAGUAACUGAUAAGAGACUGAUAAAUUAACACACUUUAUUAAUAGUACACAAAUUCUAUUACACAAAUGAAUAAUGGGGUAACAUCUGCCACAAUAUAAUUUGAGGAAUGGACUGUGAUAUUUAAACUAUACAGAUUAUUUUUCAUCACACCUCUGAAAUAUGUAACCACUGUAGUCCUAGAUGGUAUUGGGGAAAUGAAAGUUCUCCAGUAGAAUAUAUUGCAAUCUUUUCUACAGCAAUAGAACUGUUACCAAAAUCCAUACACAACAGAACUUGACUUGUAAGAGGCAACCUUUUAAUAGUUUUGUGGCAAGGGGAUUGAAAGAGUUACAGUACCAUUCAAAAGUUGACACACCUCAUUCAAGGGUUUUCCUUUAUUUUUACUAUUUUCUCCAUUGUAGAAUAAUAGUGAAGACAUCAAAACUAUGAAAUAACACACAUGGAAUCAUGUAGUAACCAAAAAAGUGGUAAAAGAUAUAUUUGAGAUUCUUCAAAGUAGCCACCCUUUGCCUUGAUGACAGCUUUGAACGCUCUUGGCAUUCUCUCAACCCUAGAAUGAGUAGGUGUGUCCACACUUUUCACUGGUACUGUAUAUGGGAUAGCUGUAGUGUCCCAUAGAGCCCAUGUUUGCAGCUAUGGUGUAAAAUGUUGAAAAUAAUCUUUAGCAAGUGUUUGUCAGUGCAAGAUGGUACAAUUAAAAUAGUAUUGGAGUACAGUAGCCGUGUACAUUAUUCAAUGGUUCUCUGAAAUCAGAAAAAAGACUAUCAACACAUUGUUUAGAACACAAACAGUCAAAAACAAAGCAUGUGAAUUUAAAAAGGAUAAUGUAAUAUGUGGUAACUGUUGCCUUUGUUAAAUAUCACAGUGUGUAUUGAAUUUUUGUUCUGUGCCCUAGACUACUCUUUUUUUUUCAUGUGACUUGUGAUGUGGUCAAAAAAUGUAAUUGUCAAAGUUAUAUCUCACUAAAUUUUUUGCUACCUAUGGUGUCACAUGAUGUUGGUCAUGCUUAUUGUAAUAUUGUUGUAUUUUGUAAAGUUGAUAUUGAUAUAGUGUAGCAUAGAAAAGUCACUCCUGAGGAAUUGAUACAUUUAAAGUAUUGUAAAAUGUUACGCUGUGCAUUAUUGUAAUGUGCUGGCUACUUUGGAAAUGAAUUACGGCUAUGUUGAUAACAGUGUAGACAACUCAGGUCGGAUGACUUUCCACCUCAAGAUAAUGCCAGUGUAUUUCAUAAAUUACUUUAUGAGGGCAAGUUCCUGUUAAAGUUAUUUCUUCAUAAAACAUUGUGUUCAUGUGCAGAAUGUUAUUUUAACAUCACCAUAACUGAAAUGAAAAACAUAUGUAGCUUUGCAUGACUGUGCAGACAUAUAGUAUUGUAGGUGAAAUGAUUUCACAAAAUAACUUACAAUCUUGUUGCUGAUAUAGCAUCUUUGUCCAGGGGCUUAACUGUUUGAUUUAUACUGUAUUAUUAAUGUACUAUACUAUCACUGGAACAUUUCAUGAACAAAACCUCAGAAUGGAAGUGGACCUUUAUUUACAAUAGGUCUUUAUCUGAUGACUAACAGCUUUAUAUUUGGUUGCACAUCAAAAUAAAUGUAAUUGAAUCCCAA